UUAAGAAAACUGAAACAAAAAACUAAACUAAUAAACUACUUUAUUAGAAAAGUUUAUGCAAAUCCUGAUUGGAGACCUUUGUGCGAGCUCCCAAGCAGCCAGUAGGAAUUCGACACCUGAGAGCGUCAGUGAGAGAGGAACCUCUUGCACUUUUCAAUAACGAUUCUUUUUUACCUUCAGUCAAGUUUAAGUCUGGACUUGAGGGGAAUUGUCCAACCGAGGGAGUGUCGCGCGUAAAUGGCGCAACCCACCAGGACGCGUCUCUUCAUGGGCUUCUUCACAUGACCAAGACCUGCACUCAGGGACCUGUUAUGUGGAUCAUGGAAAGAGAGCUGACCGGCGCUCAUCUCCUCCUCGCUGUUUUUGUCGUCAUUAUUCCCUCCAGAUGCACAAAUGGACAAGAAACCACGCGUGGGCUCAGCGGUUUUAGUUUGAGUCCACCCUACUUCAACCUGGCGCUUGGCUCGAGGAUUUCUGCAACAGCCACCUGCGGGAAGGAUGAAUUCGGGACGCCGAGAUCUGAUUUGUACUGUAAGCUUGUUGGAGGACCCACCACUGGAGUUCUUACUCAAAAUAUUCGGGGACAGUUUUGCGACUACUGCAACACUGCUGACCCAAGCAAAGCCCACCCGGUGACCAACGCCAUUGAUGGGACGGAGCGCUGGUGGCAGAGUCCUCCUCUGUCCAAGGGGUUGGGCUACAAUGAGGUCAGCGUCACCCUGGACCUGGGGCAGCUCUUCCAUGUUGCCUACAUCAUCAUAAAGUUUGCUAAUUCACCACGGCCCGACCUGUGGGUGCUGGAGCGCUCUGUUGACAACGGGAGGACCUUCAUCCCCUGGCAGUAUUUUGCACAUUCAAAGCACGAGUGCAUUGAAAGGUUUGGAAAGGAGCCCAACGCUCGACUUGUAAAUGAUGACGAUCAGCUCUGCACCACAGAAUAUUCUCGAAUCGUCCCGCUGGAGAAUGGAGAGGUUGUGGUUUCCUUGAUCAACGGCCGGCCAGGAUCCAAAGACUUCACCCGCUCAACCGUGUUGCAGGACUUCACCAGGGCCACCAACGUGCGCCUGCGCUUCCUACGCACCAACACCUUGCUGGGUCAUUUGAUAAGCAAGGCCCAGAGAGACCCCACUGUCACGCGCAGGUACUACUACAGUAUCAAAGACAUCAGCAUUGGCGGGCGGUGUGUGUGUCAUGGCCAUGCUCAGGUGUGCGGUGCCGGUCUCAACCCGGGAAACCCAAACAAGCUCCAGUGUGAGUGCCAACACAACACCUGCGGAGAGUCAUGUGACCGCUGCUGUCCAGGCUUCAACCAGAAGCGGUGGCACGCGGCGACGGUUGACAACCCUAACGAGUGUCAGCCUUGCCAGUGUUUAGCCCACGCCACUGACUGUUAUUACGAUCCAGAGGUGGAAGCGAGGAGAGCAAGUUUAGACAUCUUCGGCAGGUACAGCGGAGGAGGGGUGUGCAUCAACUGCCAGCACAACACUGCUGGAGUUAAUUGUGAGCGAUGCAUUGAAGGCUUCUUUAGACCUUAUGGAGUGUCUGCCGAGUCUACCACUGGCUGCAUAUCCUGCAGAUGUGAUGAGCGCACCACAAGUGGCUGUGAAAUGGGUUCUGGAAGGUGCAUCUGCAAAGUGCAGUAUGCAGGCAACAACUGUGAGCAAUGCGCUGAAGGACACUAUUACUACCCUCAGUGCAUUCGGUAUCCAGCAUACCAGACAACUACAAAAACCCCUGCAGGACCUAUUGUAGUGCCUACUGGCUGCCCUGUGGGUUAUUUUGGCUCAGCCAGCUGUGAGCAGUGUGUGUGUGACUACAGAGGUACGGACCGCAAGGUGUGCGAUGCCUCGGGUCACUGCCUUUGUCGUCAUACCGUGGAGGGUCAGCGAUGUGACCGCUGUCGCCCAGGCUACCACUCCUUCCCAAACUGCCAUGCAUGUCUUUGUGAUGGAGCUGGUGUAGCUGAGAGUGUCUGCAGUCCGAGCGGUCAGUGUAUUUGCGUCCCCAAUUAUAGGGGUAAGAGGUGUGACCAAUGUGCACCAGGUUACUACGGCUACCCGGAAUGUGCUGCCUGCCAGUGUUCCCGGGCAGGCUCAUACAGCACAGCAUGCAACCCGAUGUCAGGUCAGUGUCUGUGUCUUCCUGGAGUAGCGGGCCAGCAGUGUGACCGCUGUGCUUCUGGACUCAGUUUCCCUGCAUGCUCAGCCUCCAUCGGUCAAUGUAAUCCAUCUGGGACUGAGAGCAUGGAUCCUCAAACGGGCUCCUGCCGCUGCCGUCCUAACUCAGAGGGAGCCUUGUGUGACAGGUGUAAACCUCUCUACUGGAACCUGGCAGCUGACAACACACACGGCUGUGAAGUGUGCAGGUGCGAUAUCAAAGGGACACUGAGUGGUGUUGGGGAGUGUGAACAGGUUGGUGGCCAGUGCCACUGUAAGCCUCAUGUAGGUGGGCAUGCGUGCGCCUCCUGCAACAAUGGCUACUUCUUGCUGCAUAAAAAGAACUAUUUUGGCUGUCAAGGUUGUGAGUGUGAUAUAGGUGGCGUCAUCAACACGGCCUGUGACGAGACAUCAGGCCAAUGUAGUUGUCGCAGUAAUAUAGUUGGCAUGAGAUGCACAGAGCCAGCACUAGGCUAUUAUUUCCCCACCCUUCACCAGUUCAAGUUUGAGGUGGAGGAUGGGACCACACCAAAUUCUAGACCUGUGCGCUUUGGUUACGACCCCCAAGAGUUCCCAGAGUUCAGCUGGAGGGGUUAUGCUGUACUGUCGCCUGCGCAGCCAGAGGUGAUCCUCACUCUUUCUCUUGGCUUUCCUGGAACUUUCCAUAUUGUAUUGCGCUACGCCACCCUACGACAUAAGGGUGGACGAGCGCAAGUGAGAGCAAAGGUCACGGUGGCAGAUGAAGCCGCCUUUGACUCAGGGUCAGAACAGAGCAAGGAUGUAGUUUUCCCUGAGAGUCUUCAGCCAUCCUUCCUGACUGUGCCUGGUAAUGGCUUCACUGAGCCUUUUUCCUUGGCACCUGGGAAGUGGAUCAUUCACAUAAGAGCGCAAGGGGUUCUGUUGGACUAUUUGGUACUGCUUCCCCAGGAUUACUAUGAAGCGCCUCUGCUUCAAGAAAACGUCACAGAACCCUGCACAUAUGCACCCACAGCACCGAGGAACAAGAACUGUCUGUUGUACAAGCAUGUGGCCAUGGAUGCAUUCAGCUCUGCCUCAGCCUCGCAGGGAAGCCUCAGCAGGAGAGGCCAUGUGAGGAGGCAGGCUCAAGUGCGGCGUCCCACCUCAGAUCACCCUGAGAUGACCUCUCUGCAUGGGAGACAGUCUCAGCUGCAGCUCAGUCUACGUGUGCCUCACCCUGGACCUCAUGCUCUUGUCCUGGAGUACGCCAGUGAGGUCGACAGUCUCCAGAACGUCAACCUUCUCAUAAAUGUCCAGCAGGGUGGACAGAUUCGAGCCAGAGCCAACGUCUACAGCUGUGUCUACAGCUUUUUGUGUCGGAGCGUGGCGGUGGACAGCAGGAAUCAGGUGGCCAUGUUCCAUCUCUCUCACAGAACAGAACUUUUUCUGCAGACGUCCACUGCCUCCUUUCUGCUGCACAAAGUGUACGCCGUUCCUGCAAAGGAGUUCUCAAUGGAGUACUUAGAGGCCAAGGUGCUGUGCAUCUCCACUCACGGCCGCUUCACUGAAGACAGUCAGCAUUGUGUUCUGAGGCAUUUCAACACUCCUUGGCCAGGCUGGGUUUUGCACGCGGCCCGCGAUGGGAAAGUAACCACAGCUCGCCAAAUAGGGGAGAACACGGACUGGCGAUAUAGACGACAGUCAGACUUGUUUUAUGGUUUUCACCCUCACAGUGACAAUAUCCUGCUCAAGUACCCUCAGACAGAGGUAAGUUUCACUCCUAAGGUGCCCCUUCCUGGCAGAUAUGUGCUUCUUGUGCAUUAUCACCAGCUGGAGCAUGUCUCUUACCCGGUGGAGGUCCAAGUGGAUGCUGGGUAUAGCUGGAAGGGUUCCAUAAAUGCGUCGUUCUGCCCCUCAGUGUCAGGCUGCAGAGAGGUGCUUGUCGCUGAUGGACGCACCGUCCUUGACUUUAGCCAGCAGCCAUUGCAGCAGCCAAGCAUCUCUGUAGUCAUUCCUCCUCGCAAGACCCUCAUUCUGGAUCAUAUCUUUCUGGUUCCUGAGAGUCAUUACACACCUGACCUUGUAAAAGAGAACCCACUGGAUAAAUCUGCACUUUUCAUCCAGCAGUGCAGAGGAGAAGGCUUCUAUAUAGAUCCAAGAACAUCUUCACAGUUCUGCAGAGACUCUGCACGCUCCUUGGUGGCACUUUACAAUGAUGGAGCUCUGCCUUGCAAUUGCGACCGCUCAGGUUCUACAGGAAGUGCCUGCAAUCCAGCUGGAGGGCAGUGUCCAUGCAGGCCGCACGUCAUUGGACAAAGGUGUACCAAGUGUGCUACGGGAUACUACGGCUUCCCCUACUGCAGACCGUGCGAGUGUGGCCGCAGGUUGUGCGACGAAGUGACAGGUCGCUGCGUGUGCCCGCCUCAGACAGUCAGACCGACCUGUGAAGUGUGUCAGAAUCAGACUUUUAGUUAUCAUCCUCUUCUGGGCUGCGAGGGCUGCGACUGCUCCCAGAAUGGCAUCCAAGCUGGUGCAGGGCCCAACUGCGACCGUGUCAGUGGGCAGUGCAGCUGCAGGCCCAGGAUUGGUGGACGGCAGUGUAAUCGAUGUGCUGCGGGUUAUCACCACUUUCCUGAGUGUGUGCCUUGUGACUGCGAGCAAGGCGGUGUCACACCUGAUGUGUGUCACCCCGACACAGGAAAGUGUCUCUGUAAGAAAAACGUCGUCGGCAUCAGGUGUGACACAUGUCAGGAAGGCUCUUUCUACUUCGACCCAUCCAACCCUAACGGGUGUACCACCUGCUUCUGCUUUGGUGCCACUGACCAGUGUCAAAGCUCCAGCAAACGCAGAGGAAAGUUUGUCGACAUGCGUGGUUGGAAGUUGGACAGUCCCGACCACAGAGAGGUUCAGUCUGUGUUGAACACGGCCAGUAACAUGGUGGUAGCAGAUGUCCAGGAGCUUCCUUCUUCAGUUCAAGCGUUACACUGGGUGGCGCCACCCUCAUACCGAGGAGACAGGGUUUCAUCUUAUGGUGGAUUCCUCACUUACCAGGCAAAAUCGUUUGGCAUUCCCAGUGAGGGAAUGACCCUGAUGGACAGAACACCUGAUGUCCUGCUGACUGGUAAGGACAUGACCCUGAUCCAUUUAGCUCCUCAAGUCCAGCUGCCAGACAGAUUGUAUCAGGGCAGAGUCCAGCUUGUGGAGGAAAACUGGCGUCAUGCUGGUACUAACAGGCCCGUGUCCAGAGAGCAGCUCAUGAUGGUCCUGGCUGGUCUGGUCCAUGUCAGGAUCCGAGCCUUGUACUUCAGUCAGAGCCAGCGACUCAGUCUAGGCGACGUGGGCAUGGAGGAGGUUGCCAACACAGGGACCGGGGGUCCUGGAAACACUGUAGAGGUUUGUUCCUGCCCCCCUCAGUUCACCGGAGACUCCUGUGAGAAAUGUGCCCCUGGAUACUUUCGAGACGGCAAUGGGCCAUACCUGGGCCGCUGUGUGCCCUGUAACUGUAACGGUCUCGCAGACGAGUGUGAGGACUGGACCGGAAGGUGCUUGAACUGUCAGUACAACACAGCUGGGGACAGAUGUGAAUACUGCAAAGAAGGAUAUUAUGGUAACGCGGCUCAGAGAACGUGCCAAGUGUGCCCAUGCCCUUUCAGUGCAGCUACAAACAGCUUUGCAGUAGCUUGCAGAGAAAUCCAUGGAGACAUCCAGUGCAUUUGCAGCGCAGGCUACACGGGAGACAGAUGUGAGAAGUGUGCUCCUGGUUUCUAUGGUGACCCCCUGGCUCCGGGAGGAAGUUGCUGGCCCUGUAAUUGCCAUGGCAACGGCAAAACCUGUGAUCCCAAGACUGGAGUUUGCAAGAACACGUUGGAGCCUGGAGACACAAACACAGAUGACCGCUGCCAAGAGUGUGAUAACUGUGCCCAGACUUUACUGAAAGACAUGGAGAAGCUGGAUGACGAGCUGGCACGGAUCAAAGCCCAGCUGGACAACGCCUCUGCCAGUGCUUCCUCUCAGGACCGGCUCAAGAAGCUGGAGCGGGCUGUGUCCGACACCAAGAAUCUGGUGAACAAAUUCAGCUCGUCUGUCAAUGGCCAAAAUUCGAGGGUCAAGCAGCUGGAAGAAGACAUGCUAACCCUCUCUGAUGACAUCGCCUCUCUGAGAGACAAGGCAGAUAAAACAGCUGUCGAUGCUGACAAAGCAGUUGUUGAUGUUGAAAAACCCCACAAGAGAGCUCAAGAGUUGGACCAGGAAAUUAAAAACAUGCUGAAGAAAAUUCAAGUUCUGCUUGACCAGCUGAGUGAUGUGGGCUCCAGUGGCGGCACGCAGCCGAAUGAGAAUGCAGCUAAAAUGUUGGACGAUGCUCAGCGCAUGGUGAACGAGAUGGAAAGUAGGAACUUCACCCCUCAGAAGACCGUUGCCGACAAAGAAAGGGAGGAGGCUAAGAAACUCCUGGACUACAUCAAGGCUAAUGUCAGUAAACAGUCGGACCAGAACGAGGCGGCAGCAGCAAAGAUGCGAGACCAGCUAAAGGGCCACGAGGCCAAGCUGAAGGAUCUGGACAAGUCUCUGAAGGACAGUAUGGACCUGGUGAAAAAAGCCAAUGUCCAAAAUGGACUCAACGCUCAGGCUCUACCUCUUCUGCUGAAACGUGUCAAUGAUCUAAAGAAAGAACGGAAGACCGUGGAGGACCAAAUGGCGAUGGCGAAGAAUGAACUGAAGAAAAUAGAUGAUUUAAUCAAAACACUAUCCAGCAAUAAAACGGAAUAUGAAAAGUUGGCCGCUCAGCUGGAUGGCGGCAAGACCGACCUAACCAAGAAGGUAAAUGACAUUUCCAAAGUAGCAGCCAAGGAGGGCAUUGUGGAGGAUGCUGAGGAUCACGCUAAGAACCUCCAAAAGCUGUCUAAAGAACUUGAGGAUACAGUGAAGAACGCUAGCGGACGUCCUGAGGUACGUAAUGCCAAAGAUGCAAUUGACGCCUAUAAGAACAUCACAGACGUCAUAAACGCCGCUGAGGCUGCAGCUAACGAGGCAAAAGACGCGGCCGACAAAGCCUUGACUAAUGUAAAAAAACAAAAACUGACCCAAAGAGCAAAAGACCUGAAAGAGACUGGUGGUGACCUUGUGCAUAAUGCACAAGACACAGCCCGAGACCUACAGGGUACUGCCAAUGAGCUUCCAGACAUAAAGAGACGCCUGAAGAAUGCAGAAAAGAAGAAGAAAGCUCUUGAGAGAGACCUUCUCGAUGCACAAACACAGUUGAACAACAUCAAAGGAGAUGACAUCGGAGUUAUGAUAGAUGAGGCCAAGAGGAAGGCAGCCUCAGCUAACGACUCGGCCACCGACACCAUGAACAAGCUCAUCGCCAUGGACAAGGAAAUGGAGAAGAUCAACCUCACUCCUGGAAAUUCCAACUUCGGUAACGUAAUGGACGACGUGGACAAAUCUGUGAAGAACUUGUUGAAGACUAUCCCAACACUCAACGAUAAGCUCUCUGAAGUGAAGAACUUGACUUUUUCGCCCUUGAGCAACAUCACAGACAACAUUAAGAAGAUCAAGGAGCUCAUUGAACACGCUCGUGACGCAGCCAACAGGAUCGCCAUCCCGAUGAAGUUCACAGGCGACAGCUAUGUGCAGCUGCAUCCGCCCAAGAACCUGGAGGAUCUGAAGGCCUACACAGCCUUGUCUUUGUCCCUGCAGAGACCCGAGGGCAGGGGGGAUGGACGACGCAGACGCAAACAGGCUACGGACAAUGGAGACAUGUUUGUCAUGUACCUUGGCAACAAAGACUCCUCCAAGGACUACAUUGGCAUGUUCCUGAGAGGCAAUGUGCUACAUGGCGUCUACAAGUUGAACGGAAAUGAGAACUUGCUGAACCUAGGCUACAUCACCACAUCUGCAUCUGAGAAAGCCACGUUUGAUAAGGUCAACCUGCAGAGGAUUUAUCAAGACGUAGAGAUGAUCCUCACAAAAGACAGCGCAUCAGAAACUCCUGGGAAGCAAAUAACUAAUCUGAAUCAAGGAGAGGACUCCAAAAACCUCCUGAACCUCACUCCAGAUGAUGUGGUUUUCUACAUUGGAGGCUACCCUUCUAACUUCACACCGCCAGAUGUGGUCAACUAUCCCAAGUACAAGGGUUGCAUUGAGCUGUUCUCUUUAAACAACAAGGUUGUCAGCCUCUAUCAUUUUCUACAGACUGAAAACAUCAACCUGCAGCCUCCAUGCAAGAGGUAUGUGGCUCCUUUGGAUUCCUACUACUUGGACGGCAGUGGAUAUGGCAAAGUGAACAUCGACAAGAGUCUAACAGUUCUCCUCAUCGGCAUGUCGCUCUUAACACAUUCAGAAAACGGGCUGCUUUUGUACAUUGGCAGCAAGGACAAUCACUUUGCGGUGACAGCGGAGAAAGGUGUUGUUUACCUGCAUAGCAACUUGCUGCAACAACCAGCGACUAAUUCCUUGAAAACAUUCCCGGCGAGCGACUGGGUGAAUGUCCUCAUCAUUAUUACAAACACAGGGAAGUUUACAGUGCAAAUAGCCAAUAAAGUGGUGGCCUCAGCCCAAGCUCAGUUCGACCACAAUGACUUUAAAGAGUAUUAUAUUGGUGGUGCACCCCAAGACUUGAGGGAAAAAAACAACAUCACCAUCCAAGCAUUCAGAGGCUGCUUAAAGAACGUGAAACUGCACAAAAACUUCAAACCGAUAGACGAGCAAGUGGGCAUCAGCAAUGGCUGCCCCAGAGAUUUCCUGACCUCACGGAAAGCAGAGUUCAGCUCAGGGAGCUCCCUGUCUGCGGACCUCUCGGGCUUCAGCCUGGCAGACGACGUGACACUCUCGCUGGGCUUCAAGAGCACUGACAACCAGGGUGUCCUCCUGCAAAACAAACAGCUGGGGAACGCACUUCAGCUGGCUUUACAAAUGGGCCACGUGGUUCUGUUCUUUAACAACAAAAUGUGGACUUCUAACAAGAAAUAUGAUGAUGGCAAGUGGCAUUAUUUGACUGUCACCAGAAGAGCUGGCAGGACAGAGUUGGUCAUCGACGAUGAUGACGUCAGUGGAGAAGAGGAGAACAGCGUUGUCAACCUGCCUGACACAGGGGGUGCCACCGUCCUGGCAGCAGACAACUUUAAAGGCUGCAUCUCCAACCUCUACACCAGAAGGCCCAGCCAUCUAUACAAGGCCGAGGACCUCACCGACUUCAAGACGUCUGGAGACGUCCUGCUGGACGUGUGCACCAGUGACAGUCCCGUCCAACAGAUGCUCGAUCGCGCUCCCAAGAAGGAUGUCAUGAUGCAACGGCUAAACGAAAGGGUGUCCGCUACUUGUGCGCUACCUGGCUUGGUGAAAGACGCUUAUCACAUGGGCGGGCCUGUCAGCCGCUUGAGCUACAGCCUGCCACUACAGGUGCUGCAGCCCAGGCCUCACUUCUCCGUGGACGUCAGGACACGCUCUCCAGAGGGCCUGCUGUUCUUUGCUGCUACCAGAGGAGGGCACUCUCACCUGGCUUUGUACCUGUCCAAAGGCAGGAUCAGACUGUCUGUCGGCAAACACAAUGAGAUCUUCAACAGAGAGAAGUACAACGAUGGAAAGUGGCACUCAGUAAUGUUCAGUCUAGAGAAGAAGAAAUUCCGACUGGUGGUCGAUGGGAUCCGAGCACAGGACGGUCAGCUGACUGUGGCUGAUUUGGCCUCCAUGAAGCACUUCAUGCCACCUGUGUUCUUGGGCAGUGCCCCAUUCUACCUCCACAAAGAGUUAAAGUCCAAGUCCCUGCCAAAGCAAUCCGUGUCGGGCUGUGUCCGCAAUUUCAAAAUGAAUGGAGCGCCGAUGUUGAAUCCAUCUACUAACCACGGGGCCGGCCCCUGUUUUGAGGGUCAGACCCAGAAAGGGGCCUAUUUCUCAGGGAAUGGAGCGUAUGUCAUCAUCAAUGACUCCUUCGCCGUGGGAUCCAGUUUUGAGCUGCUGUUUAACAUCCGACCAAGGACGCCGACCGGACUCCUGUUACACGUGGGUGAUUCAAUUGGGGCUCAGCCAGGAGUGACCACUUGGGGUCACUAUGUCAGCAUUUACCUGCUCAAUGGAGAGGUGGUAGCAAGAGUGAACAACGGCAAAGGGGAAUUCAUGGCGUCCGUGCGGCCAAAAACGACGCUAUGUGAUGGAAUGUUUCAUAAAAUAUCAGUCAUCAAGAGGAAACACGUUGUUCAACUGCAUGUGGACACAGUGGACACGUACAAGAUAGGACCACCGUCCUCCAUCACCACCACCAGCACAUAUCCCCUCUAUGUGGGGGGCAUUCCUGCCGACACGUCUUCAUCUCUGAUGACGCCACCCGUCACCUCGUCCUUCAUGGGGUGCAUCCAGGACAUGAAUCUCAAUGGCGAGUCCGUCUUUUUCACCAGGUUGUCCUCUGUGUUUGGCCCGGUCAACCUCAAAGAGUGUCCCGGCUGAACUGCGCGAGGCCUCACUGCAUCUUUUUGGGGACCACCUACAAGCCAACUAUGAUGUGCAAUGUGUUACCAAAACAGAGAAUGUGUGUGUAUUGUAUAUAUAUCAUGUGGUGUGUGUGUGUGUGUGAGAGAGAGAGAGAUGAAUGGAUGUAUUUAUUUCAAAAUCAUGAAAAACACACCAACUUGUCAAUGCUUCUAAAUAUGUGAUGGCUGGCAGUGUACAUAACACAGCACUUUAAGAACAUUCAUGAAAGAUAUUUUAUGUGUUGGUGCUUGAAUGGGGAUGACAAAUAACUAUUAUUAUUGUUAUUAUUAUUAUUAUUAUUAUUAUUAUUACAGAAUGGACCCAAACAUUUAUACUACAAUACUUUGCAGUUGAUGGUGCUCGUUUGAUGUUUUUUUUGUUUUUCCUUUAGCAUAAAUGAUUAUGUGUGCUGCAUCAGACAUGGUUUUGAUGACAUUUUCCAUUUUGCAUUCCUUUUGCAUGCAUUCUUCUGUGUUCUCUGUGCCAAAAAACAGCAUGUCCUAAUAUAAGUGGAGUUGAAGACUAAAACCCGAGAAUAUCAACAAAGUUUACAUCUGAAUACAAAACAAUGCAGAACAAUUGGAUUUAAUUUUUUUUUAAUAACUCGCAUUCCUGUUUUGUGACCACUGAUUUGUUUAGCAUUUUGUAAUACCUCCAA